AUGCCCCCUCCGCGCAGCAAGAAACGCCCGGUGCAGCGUCUGCGUCAGAAACUGCGCGGCCUGCACCCCCGCCACGAGCUCGUGCGCUUUGUGCACAAGCUCAAGGGCCUGCUGCACGCCGUCUUCGUCCACGCCCACGCCACCCACGACUCGAGCACUGACCAGAAGCCUGCCUCCGCCACACCUGCCGACGCGGAGCCCGACGCCCGCGACGCCCGCUACGCCCUCCACCACCACCGCGAGUCGCCGCUGCCACCGCCCCGCCAGACCCCGCCCGGCUACCAGAGCAUCCGCUGCGUCACCCCCUCCGAGCACGAGGAGGGCCUGCACGACGAUCCGCCCCCCGGCGUGCCCUACCAGCAGUACUUCCCCUUCCGCUCCUACGAGGAUCUGCGCGCCGCCGAGGAGCACCGCUACUCCAUCCGCGAGCAGCAGGCCAUUGAGGAACUGCGAGAAGCCCGCCGCCGCGCCUCGUCCGGCCUGUCCUACCAGCGCGCCCUGGGCAACGGCUGCCAGGACUUCAUCGUCAAGGACUUCAUCGAGACCCUCUCCGACACCGCCGUCCCCGUCAGCCGUCGCUCGGGCAACCCUGCCCGCCAGGUGGCCUUUGACCCCAAGCCUUUGAUCCGGACCUUCGAACAUGCCUUGCUUCGCCUGGGCACGCUGUCGGAGGACCUUGAGCUCCAGGAGAACGAACUCGCCGGUUCGGUGCGCCGUGCCGAGGCCCAGCACGCCCAGAAGAACGAAUCGCUAGGCAUAAAACUGGAGGAAUCCAUUGAGCAGUUCAACAGGCUAGAUAACUCGCUCAAUGGAGGCAUCAGUGAUAGCGUGGAUAGCGAGAGCGGCGGCAACGUCGCAGUCCGUAUAGGAGAACGGCUGGAGGAGCUAGACCGCCAGAGACAACGCGCGCAGGAUGCCAAAUUUCUGAUUCAGUGCUGGAUGGAGGUCAGCGAGCGGGGAGACCUGUCAUCGCUGGAAGACGUCAGGCGGCUUGGAGGCGGAGACGGAAAGGUUCGAUGUGCACACAUUGCUAGACAGCUCCUCCGACUCAGCCAUAGGUUGGAUCCGGAUUAUGGCCAAGUAAACGUUCCCAGGACGAACGGAGUAGACGGUGCCAACGGGCAGAACGGCGCACCAGCAAAGAAGCACAACACGAGGGAGAUCAUUGAGAAGUUCCUGGAGAUGCUGGAGAAGGAUCUGUUGAAGCAGUUCGACGAUUUUUACCGGAGGCAAAACUUUGAAGGCAUGAGGGAAUGCGCCGCUGCGCUACGCGAUUUCAACGACGGUGCAAGCGUAAUGGGGCUGUUUGUCAACCAGCAUCAGUUCUUCAUCGACAGAAGUCAAUUGGUCACCGAAGAGGUGGCGGGCGACGGUGAAACCUGGGAUCGCCUUGCCGAUCCAGAUGCGGAGCCUCCAGGUGUUGAGCCAAGUCUCCAAUCCCUGGUCGAUGAAGUCAGACUUGUCGUCCAAGAAGAAUCGUUCAUUAUCAAGAAGGCAUUUCCCUAUGCCGACGAGGUUUUGAUCAGAUUUUUGCAGCGUGUCUUCCAGCAAUCCAUCCAAGCGCGGUUAGAAAUGGUGCUUGAUAAGGCAAAUUCCAUUUCUUCACUGGCUUUCCUCCGCUCUUUGCAAGCUGCAAGAAGCUACAUCGGCUCUCUUGUCGAUGACCUUAAAUCACACGGCCUGACUGAACACCCCGAACCAGUGACUUCACACGUUGCAGCAAUGCUGGACCAACAGCUUGAGGACCUCUUCAUCCCAUACCUCCUCGGGUCUUCUUACAUCGAAAGAGAGAAGAAAAAUCUGGAAGAACUAUACUCUUCGCUACUUUUCAAGUUCACUGUUUACCAGUCGAAGAGACGCAAGAUCGCGACGUCUUAUCUGGGCUCACUGAGUCAGAGAGGUCGCGAACUCUUCGCAUCUGCAAAGGAUGCCUACAUGGAGCGGUUAGGAUCUUCCGAUAUUUCAACCUCGCAAAGAAGCAUGAUGCUUCAGCUCGCUGGUCUGAAGGAAGCAGACAGCGACAAGGAAAUUGAGGUUUCCGAAGAGGACGGCCAGCUCAGCCUGCCAAAUGCCAAGCGCAUGCUGAAGUGGUUGGCUGAAGGGGUAGGCAGAGGUCUCGAGUUGGGCGGCGGUAACGAGACACCCAAAGACGUUCAAGCGAUGCUUGGGCUCCUUCUUUCUCACGUCGGUGAGAUCUACUUGGAGACGGCAUUGGACGCGGCUGCCGAAUUGGCUACCUCUCAGGAGAACGUCAAGAACAAUCCUCCGGAUAUCUCUUACCUUUACUCUCUUCGUACUGCGAUCGGCAUUCUUCAUCUCCUGCAGAUGUCCAUCAACACAGUCCUCCUUCCCCUUGCAGCCCCAUCUCUAAUAACCCGUCGCGAGAUUGAGAAAACCACCAAUGCCACCAUCACAAAUCUCGAAAAUAAGAUAAGCACCAUCCUCCAAAAGACCAUCGACGUGUGUCUCUCCUGGGCAGCCAAGCUCCUGCAGGGUCAGAAAAAGCAAGACUUCCGCCCCCGUGACGAGGACCUGGUGUCGUUGGGUGCCGAGACGCCAACGUGCCUGGCGACGACGCGCUUCCUUGACAAGGUUGCCACUCAGGCCACUGCCACAUUGUCGCAGCCUGCCCUCGGCCUCUUCCUGAGCGAGUGCGCCCUCGGGUUGCGCAGCCAGCUGCUCGACCACUUCCGCCGCUUCACCGUCUCACUUACGGGUGGUCUGGUCGUAUCCAAGGAUGCGACCAAGUACGCAGAGCUCGUGCGCGGGUGGCCGACGUCUGGUAGCUCUUCAUCCGAUGCAUCCGGCAAGCGCGGAUCUACGGACAGCAACAAGCGGAACGCGGGCUCGAGCGGAGGUGGGUUUGAGAAGAACGGCAUGGAUAUCCUCGUCGAGGUGGCGAACUUGUUCGUCAUCGGGCCCGAGGCUCUGCGCGAGAGGCUCCGCGGCGUCAACGGCGCGGAGAGGGAGGCUCUCAGGAGUUUCGUGCGCAACAGAGAGGACGCUAGCAGUGUUGGAGUGCAGGCGGUGUUGGCCGGUCUUUAG